GUUAACCUUAAAAUCAAGUAAAUAUUUUAAUUUUGAAAAAUUCGAAAAUAAUGUUAAGAAAUUUAAAUAAAAUUAACAAUUUGUAUAUGAAAAAUGUAUUUUGUUCGAGUAUCGUUAAAAGAAAUACCAGUGACAAAGGUACUAAAGAUAAAAAGUCUGAAUUGGGAUAUUUCAAAUCAAAAUACAAAAUAUUCAAGGAAAAUGAAUCAGAUGUAGUUUUGGACGUAAAUGAAGAACAUUUUAGCUAUCCUACUACAAAGGUUUUAGAAGAAGUUGAGCCUAUAGAAUCGAAACAUCAAUUAAAACGUGGUGUUCAUGGUGUAUUCGAUAUUGAAGAUUUAAUAGAUGUACUACAUGAAGAAAAUGCACAAGAUGUGUUUGUAUCCAAAGUACCAACCGAAUUAAAAUAUGUUGAUUACAUUGUAGCUGUCAAUGGUAAAUCAAACCGACAUAUGCUUGCGCUGGCUGAAUUUGUCAGAAAAGUGUAUAAAUUGAAAAGAAAUCCGACUGAUGGAUUGCCAAAAAUCGAAGGAAAACAUUCUAAUGAAUGGAUUGCUUUAGAUUUAGGUAAUAUAGCCCUGCAUAUUUUUUCAAAAAAUGCGAGAAAACAAUAUGAUAUUGAUUCAUUAUGGGCAGUAGGUUAUGAGUACGAUGCUGAAAGUAAUAAGCCAUUAGAUGCAAUUACAGAGAUGUUAGAAAAUAAUGUAGAAUUUUUACGAAAAUUAGAAACUAAGUAA